AUGGAUUCCCAACUGCAAAUUAUAUUAGAAAAAAUGGAGGAAAUGAAACUAGACUUGAAGAAACAAACACAGGAACUAGCUGAAAAUCUUAACAAAAGUCUUUUGCAAACAAUAGAAAAAAAAUUAAGCCCACUCGUUGAGGAUAACAAAAAGCUGAAACAAGAUCUCCAAGCUUCCCAUGCACGUAUACAAAAUCUUGAAAGAGAAAUGAGAAAAGAUAACAUAAUAUUACACGGGAUGGCAGAAAAUGAACAUAGUACAAGUGAGCUCUGGAAAAAUGUGUUAGAAGUGCUGAAUGAAACCAGUUUAAGAUCUGAUGGGAUGCGGGAGUGGGAUCAAUGGGAGAUCAGCAACAUGAGAAGGCUAGGCAAGAAAAUGAAUGACAAAAAGAGACCGAUACUUAUAACCCUUGCUUUAAAUUGGCGGAAAUAUGAACUUCUAAAAAACAAUAAAAAUUUCCCGACAAAUAUACAUGCAACCGAAGAUUACCCGAAGGAAAUUAUCCAAAUAAGAAAGGAACUGAGACAACGGAAAGAACAAGAAGAAAAAAACGGAAAAAUUGCUUUUAUUCGGUAUAACAAACUCAUUGUUAAGGAAAAAGCACCUUUAGAAACAAAGAGAAAACGGUCCCCAACAGAAUCACCAUCAGCCACUGACAAUCAAAAGAAUAGCAAGCCAGAAGCACUGAAGAAAUCAACAAUACACAACACUAAUACAAUACCAACUGGAAAACAAAAGGAACCAACUGACAAUAACACACUCUUCGAAAACAAUUAUCUCCCCAACCCGGCUGGUCCCCGUGGGGAAUUAGACCAAAACCCUCCAACAUUGAACCAACAACAACAACAACAUAAUAAAGAAAACAUUACACAAACUCUACCCAAGCAAAACGUCAUCACGAAGAUCCCAACAUCCAGAUACACAAGAAUAUACAUUGCUACCCUAAACGUAUUAACACUAAGAUCAGAUGAAAGCUUAUCGGAAUUGUCAAUAGACAAAAGUCAAUAG